UAUAAAGGGGUUCAAGCUCUGGCCUCGUAGCUGCCAGACUGCUGAGAUGGGGAGGCUGUUGUUAUGGGUUGUGCUGGCUCUUGUGCUGAAACACCAUGACGGUGCUGCCUACAAACUGGUGUGUUAUUUCUCAAACUGGGCACAUAGUCGACCAGGCCCUGCCUCUGUGUUGCCCCAAGACCUGGACCCCUUUCUCUGCACCCACUUGAUAUUUGCCUUUGCCUCAAUGAGCAACAAUCAGAUUAUUGCCAAGGAUCUCCAGGAUGAGGAAAUUUUCUACCCAGAAUUCAACAAACUCAAAGAAAGGAACAAGGAGCUGAAAACACUGCUGUCCCUUGGAGGGUGGAACUUCGGCACAUCGAGAUUCACCACUAUGCUGUCCACGUUUGCAAAUCGUGAAAAGUUUAUUGCUUCAGUUAUCUCUUUCCUGAGGAGACAUAACUUCGACGGGCUCGACCUUUUUUUCUUGUACCCUGGACUAAGAGGCAGCCCCAUGCAUGACCGGUGGAAAUUUCUCUUCUUAAUUGAAGAGAUCCUGUCUGCCUUCCAGAAGGAAGCGCUGCUCACUAAUCGCCCAAGGCUCCUUCUCUCUGCUGCAGUCUCUGGUGUUCCACACAUCGUUCAAAUAUCUUAUGAUGUACGCCUUUUAGGAAGACUCUUGGAUUUCAUCAACAUCUUGUCUUAUGAUUUACAUGGAAGCUGGGAAAAGUUCACAGGACAUAAUAGCCCCCUUUUCUCUCUUCCAGAUGACCCCAAAUCUUCGGCAUAUGCUAUGAAAUACUGGCAAAGGCUUGGGGCCCCCUCAGAGAAGCUGAUGAUGGGGCUCCCCACCUAUGGACGCACUUUUCGCCUCCGCAAAGCCUCUAAGAAUGGGUUGCAGGCUGCAGCGAUGGGACCAGCCUCUCCAGGGAAGUACACCAAACAAGCUGGCUUCUUGGCUUAUUAUGAGGUUUGCUCCUUUGUCCAAAGAGCAAGAAAACACUGGAUUGAUUACCAAUGUGUCCCCUAUGCAUUCAAGGGGAAGGAGUGGGUUGGCUAUGAUGAUGCCGUCAGCUUCAACCACAAGGCAAUGUUUGUAAAGAGAGAACAUUUUGGAGGUGCCAUGGUGUGGACACUGGACAUGGAUGACGUCAGGGGCACUUUCUGUGGCACCGGCCCUUUUCCCCUUGUGUACAUACUGAAUGAACUCUUGGUGCAAGCUGAGGUCAGCUCAACUCCUUCACCACAAUUUCGGCCCUCAUCUGCUAUGAAUUCUUCAAGAUCUGAUACUGAAAGACUGGCUGUGACAAAGGCAAUGACCACUGAUACUAUUAAGAUUUUGCCUCCAGGAGAGGCGACGGCCACUGAGGCCCAGGAAAAGCAUGAAAACAUAACGACAAUUCCUACAAGAAGAAUUGUGACCCUUGGGAAGGAAACAGUAUCCCCUAGAAAGUACAGUGUAGCUCUAGGAGGAAAGACUGAGGUCCCUGAGACAAAGACUGUGGCCUCAGGGGACCACUGGUCUGUGGCCCCUGCAGAGACAACUGUAGCCCUUGUGCAUCUUCCAAGGGAGACCCCUGGGGAGAAGACCAUGACCACUGUGGGUCAUCAAUCUAUGACCCCUAAAGGGAUAACUAUGAGCCCCAUGCAUCUUCAGACUAGGACCUUUGGGAAGAAAACAAUGGCCCUGAGAAGGAAUGCUUCAUCCUUUGAAAGUGACACUUUGCCUAGAAAGAUGUCAGACACUCCUGUUGAAAAAGCUGUGACUCUACAAGAGGAGAAUUUUAGUUUUGAAGUAGAAACUGACCCCAGAGUGGGUGAAAGUGGUCGUUAGGUAGGAGAGGAAAGGAGGAAGCUAUCCUCUGGCCCUUUCAUCUGUCUUCUAAGAGGCAUUCUCCUUGCUUUUGGUAACCCCUUCAUUCUCACUGAUAGAAAUCAUUCAUCUCUUCACUCAAUGGCCCUUG